AUGGCGGGGGAGAGAGAUCAUCUCCUGCUUCAUCCGCCAGAUGAGAAGAAGCGGGCUGGAAAAUACCUUCUGGCCAGUGUUCUUGCUGUUGCGGCAGUCUGUGUCAUCGUACUGUUCAAUGGCAGAGCUUCAUCCCAUCAGAAUCAACGCCUCGCGCUGUUGAGCAUGAAGGCCAGGAAGCAGAAUCUUGCUGAUUUCACUGUGAGCGGAGCCAUCGAUGUACCUGAACAUCCUCCCGGCCUGGGAUACAUCAAAACACCCCCGAUGGGCAAGGUGCAGGUGGUUGGACGUGACGGAAGUCCCUUGGGUUCCAUCAAGUUUAAGACGCUUCCUGCUCCUCCAGGUCCUCCUCCGACUAUCAUCCGCUUCGGCGAUGUGAGCAUGGCUCCCGGAGACUGUCCUAUGUGCCCUGUGUUGGAUGAGGAAGCCAUCAAGAAGCAGAAGGAGGACAUCGAGAAGAACAAAGAAUAUAUCAAAUCUCUUGAGCACCUUGAUGAGGUCAACCACCGAAGGAUUGCGGAGUCUGUCGAGAAGAUGAAGAAGCUCAAGGACGUCAUGAAAGACAGGGUUUUUGAGAUGAAGGAGGCGUUGAAGCGCGAGGAUAGCUAUCUGGAGAAUAAGAUGCUUGAGAAGGAGAACUCGACCGGGCCGGUUGGACCGCAAGGACCCGCUGGCUGGAACGGAGUUCCUGGACUUCCUGGUCAUCCUGGGCAAGACGGUGUGCAGGGUCCCGAGGGCAAACAAGGACCUGAGGGCCCAAUCGGCCCGACGGGCGAUGCCGGGCCCAAGGGUGUUCCGGGAGAGAUGGGACCAGAGGGCCCAGUCGGUCUCAAGGGUCCGAAGGGUCCCACUGGACCUGCUGGAGAGGCUGGAACUCGUGGAACCCCUUCCAAAAUGUUGGAGUGCAGCCGCAUUGGCGGAAUGAUGUACCGGGGCGUGUGCUUCAAGUCUAUCGAGAUCGAGGACAACAAAGACAAGUUGCCCGAGGAUUGCAAAGCUUGGCAGCCACACGAGGAAUGGGAUGAGCGUGACUGGUGGCGACUGGCCAACAUGUUCUCCACGAGCUCGUUGACACAUGGGAUGGACAUCGGGCACUAUGGAGGGAGAUGCUCCAACUUCGAGGCGGUUACUGCCUUCACUCAGGGCAACUCGGCGACAAGGGUGUGGGUGAACGCGAAGACUUUUACCUUCGAUCCUACUGGCAACGGAAGGUCAUGCGAUCUCGUGAAUGGUGAGAACACAAUGGCCCUCUAUGCCUGCGCCUUCUAGAAUGAAUCAUUUACCGCAAGGGAUUUCAUAUUGACAUAAAACUUCAUCUUAGCUCU